AUGAGUAAUAAUACUGCUCCAGCAUGUCUUUGGUGCCAUUCUAAAGAAGGGUUUGGUCCAAUCUCACCCUAUGGGGAUUUUACACAAUGUUUUAUUGAUGGUAUUCUCUUAAAUAUUUCUGGGUUAUUUAUGAUUGUUUUUGGUUCUCGAAGUUUAAUACGUUUAAUCAAGAAUAAGCAUCCGGGGAUCAAAUAUAGAAACAAUUGGCUAAUAGCCUCAAGAAUGUUAUUGGUUGUAGUUCAAAUCUUUUUUGUAUGCUCUGCUUCGUUACAUUUACCUCAUAACAAGACUACAGAUAUCACUGUUAUUUCUCAAUACUUGAUCACUACUAUUUCUUUGUUUGUGGCAUUAGCUUUACAUUGGAUUGAAUACCAUAGAUCUAAUGUUUCAAGCAGUAUUAUCUUAUUCUAUUGGUUAUUUGAAAGUGUAGCUCAAUCUGCUAAGGCUGGGAAUUUCAUCAUCAGAAACCAUUAUGAAGGUAAAUGGUAUUUCACUCAUAAGGUAUUCAUCUUCACACUUUUCCAAGCUAUUAAUGCAUUUUUCAUCUUAUUCUUGGAAGCUUUCCCAAAGAAGCAAAAGAUGCCAUACCAAGAUAUUCAAGAAAGAAUUACCAAGAAAAAAGUAAGUCCUUAUGAUUCAGCAAAUAUUUUCUCAAGAAUUUCAUUUGCCUGGAUGACUGAAUUGAUGAAAACUGGGUAUGAAAAGUUUUUAACUGAAUCUGAUUUAUAUAGAUUACCAAAGGGGUUUGACAGUAAGACUUUAUCCGAGAACUUUAAUGAUAAUUGGCAAUAUCAAAUUAAACAUAAAUCAAGUCCAUCUUUAACUGGUGCAUUGUUAAGAACAUUUGGUUCCAGAUUAUUAUUAGCAGCAACUUUUAAAGUCAUUCAUGAUAUUCUGGCUUUCACUCAACCUCAAUUGUUAAAGAUUUUGAUUCAAUUCGUUACUGCUUAUACAAAUCCAGAUUUAGAGUUACCAAUUAUUAAAGGUUUCAUGAUUUCCAUUGCCAUGUUUUUGGUUAGUUUUAUUCAAACUUCAUUCUUACAUCAAUAUUUCUUGAAUUCUUUCAAUACAGGUAUGAACAUUAGAUCUGCCAUGAGUUCUGUCAUUUAUCAAAAAUCAUUGGUUUUAUCUAAUGAAGCUUCUGGAACAUCAUCUACUGGUGAUGUAGUUAAUUUGAUGAGUGUUGAUGUCCAAAGAUUACAAGAUGUGGCUCAAUGGUGUAAUAUUAUCUGGUCUGGUCCUUUCCAAAUCACCUUAUGUUUAGUUUCAUUAUACAAAUUGUUAGGUAAUUCCAUGUGGAUUGGUGUUUUCAUCUUAAUCUUUAUGAUGCCAAUUAAUUCUUAUUUGAUGAGAAUACAAAAGAAAUUACAAAAGAUUCAAAUGAAAAAUAAAGAUGAAAGAACUCGUUUAAUCAGUGAAAUUUUGAAUAAUAUUAAAUCAUUGAAACUUUAUGCUUGGGAAGCUCCUUAUAAGGAAAAAUUAGAAUAUGUUAGAAAUGAAAAAGAAUUGAAGAAUUUAACCAAGAUGGGUUGUUAUGUAGCCUUUACUCAUUUCCAAUUUAAUAUAGUUCCAUUUUUAGUUUCAUGUUCUACUUUUGCAGUGUUUGUUUGGACUCAAGAUAGACCUUUAACUACUGAUCUUGUAUUCCCUGCGUUGACUUUAUUCAAUUUAUUAUCUUUCCCCAUGGCUGCUAUUCCAAUCAUGAUUACAUCUUUCAUUGAAGCUUCCAUUUCUAUUAAUAGAUUGUUUUCAUUCUUAACCAAUGAAGAAUUACAAAAAGAUGCAGUUCAAAGAUUGCCCAAUGUGAAAAAUACGGGUGAUGUAUCUAUUAAAUUGGGUGAUGAUGCUACUUUCUUAUGGAAACGUAAACCAGAAUAUAAAGUUGCUCUUAAGAAUAUUAAUUUCCAAGCUAGAAAGGGUGAAUUGACAUGUAUUGUUGGUAAAGUUGGUAGUGGUAAGAGUGCAUUAAUUCAAAGUAUAUUAGGUGAUUUAUUUAGAGUUAAAGGUUUUGCUACAGUUCAUGGUGAUGUUGCAUAUGUGAGUCAAGUUCCUUGGAUUAUGAAUGGUACUGUUAAAGAAAAUAUUUUAUUUGGUCAUAAAUUUGAUAAAAAAUUUUAUGAAAAGACUAUUAAGGCAUGUGCAUUAACGAUUGAUUUAUCGAUAUUACCAGAUGGUGAUAGUACUUUAGUUGGUGAAAAGGGUAUUUCAUUGUCAGGUGGUCAAAAGGCUCGUCUUUCUCUUGCUAGAGCAGUUUAUGCUAGAGCAGAUACUUAUUUAUUUGAUGAUCCCUUGGCAGCUGUUGAUGAGCAUGUUGGUAAACAUUUAAUUGAACAUGUUUUGGGUCCAAAUGGGUUAUUACAUUCCAAGACUAAAGUGUUGGCCACCAAUAAGAUUACUGUUUUAAACAUUGCUGAUUAUAUUACUUUAUUAGAUAAUGGUGAAAUCAUUCAACGUGGUAAAUAUGAAGAAGUUACAUCUGAUCCAGGUUCACCUUUAUGUAAAUUGAUCAAUGAAUAUGGUAAGAAACAUGAAAGUACUCCUGGUACAAUGGUUAGUAGUUCGAUGUCUAAAGAACCUUCUCCAAAUGUUCCAUUAGAAGAUGAAUUAAGAGAAUUACAUAAAUUGGAUGAUUUGGAUUUGGCUCAAUCUGGUGAAGUUAGAUCUCUUAGAAGAGCAAGUUUUGCCACUCUACGUAGUAUUGGUUUUGGUGAUGAUGAUGUCAAGAGAUUAGAACAUAGAGAACAAGGUAAAGUGAAAUGGUCUAUUUAUUGGGAAUAUGCCAAAGCUUGUAACCCCAAGAGUAUAUUUUUAUUUUUAAUGUUUAUUAUUCUUUCAAUGUUUUUCUCUGUUAUGGGUAAUGUUUGGUUAAAGCAUUGGUCUGAAAUCAAUACAUCCAAUGGUGACAAUCCACAUGCUGGUCGUUAUCUGGGUAUCUAUUUUGCACUUGGGUUUUCAUCUGCAUUAUCUCAAUUGUUACAAACAGUGAUCUUGUGGGUAUUCUGUACUAUCCAUGGUUCCAAGAUUUUACAUUCUCAAAUGUUGGCAUCUGUGUUGAGAGCACCAAUGUCAUUUUUCGAAACCACCCCAAUUGGACGUAUUUUGAAUAGAUUUUCCAACGACAUGUAUAAAGUGGAUGAAUUAUUGGGUAGAACUUUUUCUCAAUUUUUCUCCAAUGCAGUGAAAGUUACAUUUACAUUGGUAGUUAUAUGUGUGUCUACAUGGCAAUUUAUUUUCUUCAUCGUCCCAAUGAGUUUCUUGUACAUCUAUUAUCAACAGUAUUAUAUGAGAACCUCUAGAGAAUUGCGUCGUUUGGAUUCAGUGACUAGAUCACCCACAAUUUCGCAUUUCCAAGAAACUUUGGGGGGUAUAUCUACCAUUAGAGGGUAUUCUCAAGAAAACAGAUUUAUUCAUAUCAAUCAACAACGUGUGGAUAAUAACAUGUCAGCUUAUUACCCUUCAAUCAAUUGUAAUCGUUGGUUGGCGUUUAGAUUGGAAUUCUUGGGGUCUGUAAUUAUCUUGGGUGCGUCGACUUUGGGUAUCUAUAGAUUGAGUCAAGGCAAUAUGACGCCUGGUAUGAUUGGUCUUUCAUUGAGUUAUGCAUUGCAAAUCACCCAAUCGUUGAAUUGGAUUGUUAGAAUGACUGUGGAAGUGGAGACCAAUAUUGUUUCUGUUGAAAGAAUUAAGGAAUAUUCGGAAUUGGCAAGUGAAGCUCCAAGCAUUGUGGAAGACAAGAGACCGGAUGUCAAUUGGCCACAAGACGGUGCAGUGAAGUUCAAUCAUUAUUACACUCGUUACAGAGCCGAUUUGGAUUAUGUUUUGAAAGAUAUUACGUUGGAUAUCAAGCCAAGAGAAAAAAUCGGUAUUGUCGGUAGAACGGGUGCUGGUAAAUCGAGUUUGACUCUGGCGUUAUUCAGAAUCAUCGAAGCCAGCGAGGGGAAUAUCAACGUCGAUGGGAUCAAUACCGACGAGAUUGGGUUAUACGACUUGAGACACAAGUUGAGCAUCAUCCCUCAAGAUUCACAAGUGUUUGAAGGUACUGUGAGAGAUAAUAUCGAUCCUACGGGCCAAUACACGGACGAAGAAAUAUGGAAGGCUCUGGAACUGUCCCAUCUAAAGAGCCAUAUUAUUAAUAUGAGCAAGCAUUCAUCUUCGGAUUCAUCCUCUAACGAAUCUUUGUCACCCGCCAGCAAUAAUAGCAGCGGUAAUAAUGACAACAGUAAUAGUUCCUCGGACGGGUUGACCUCGUCUGGGCUGGAAGACAUUAGUCAUAAUGCAUUGAACACCAAACUAAGUGAAGGUGGUAGCAACUUGAGUGUGGGUCAACGUCAAUUGAUGUGUUUAGCAAGGGCUCUGUUGGUGCCCUCUAACAUUCUUGUUCUUGACGAAGCCACUGCAGCAGUGGAUGUGGAAACGGAUCAAUUGAUUCAGGAGACGAUCCGGAGUGCAUUCAAGAAUAGAACGAUUCUAACCAUUGCUCACCGGUUGAACACAAUCAUGGAUAGCGAUCGUAUUCUUGUCCUGGAUAAGGGUGAGAUCAAGGAAUUCGAUAGCCCUCAGACCCUGUUGGGAGACAAGGACUCGUUGUUCUAUUCAUUAUGCGAACAAGCUGGAUUGACUCCGGCACAACUCUCUGGCAAAUAA